AUGACUCUUUAUUAUCAGGCGAUGCUCACUGAGUUUGGAGGCUCCCCAACUCCGGCGCCAACGAUCCAGCUCAACCUGCCAAACCACCAAAGCUGGGAUCCAGACGUUACCGAGAGCGACCUCAUCGACGCGAGAAUGAAGCGUAUUAACUGCCGGAAAGUAGGGCCCAUUGACGAUGAAAGGCUUGAGCAUUUCCUCACAGUUAAAUACGGCCGGGUAGGCCACCAACUUCUCGACAGUGGCGACCAGACGAGCGUCUUCGAAGGUUGGCGGCAUUGCCACAACGGCCUUUGUGAAGUGCGGCGUCGGGAGUGGCUGGAUGACGAAAACAUCUACUAUCUCGCGGAGCGUCUGAUAACCUGGAGUCAGGAGCAGGAACCCGCACGCCUAGGCGAUCGCGCUUCGGGGAACUGGUGGAUUGUGCCACCCAGAUAUCACAUCCGUGUGCGGGAGCCCGGCGAUGAGGAAGGGGAGAUGUCAGCUGCGCUGGGCUGCGUGGAAAAUAAGAGGGUGUCCGACGAAUUUCACGAGAAGUUCGACAAGGCCAAGUUUACGGUGCACAUGGUGCAUCUCAAAAACCAUUGGGCCGUCCUUAUCUACCAACACUCGAACGGGAACACCUUCUACCUUGACUCCCUGCCAAAGGGUCUGCAGGAUCGAAACAGGCGGGCUCGUGACGAGUUCAGGCGUUGGCUGCGGGAGUCGGACAAGGUGCUCCCACGAGGCGCCCGCCAUCACAUGAUUCGAGUUCCCGAUCAAGAGGAUGCUUGGAGUUGUGGACUUCAUGCACUAGCGAAUGCAAUGGCGUUCCUCCGGUAUGAGUCCCUAGGAUGGAACAAAAUUCAGGGGUGGACAAGCAUGGGCUCGAGGCCGAUGCGCAGACAGCUCAUCACCUGUUUGCAUCAGCUCAUGGGGCUCAAGUUUAUCCCUCCAGAAACACCGCCGACGUCAAAUGAAAAGGAGCAUCAACGGGGGGUACAGAAACGUGCCGCAACCCCGAAGACGUCGCCGAAGAAGCCUGCCAACAAACCCGCACCUCGCGCCAAAACUCCCUCGCCGCACUCCUUGGGAGCGAGCCGUUCACCCCGCGGCCGUCAACUUUCCAACGAAAUCCGCGCGGCAGCCGAAAAGGAGGCCCAAGAAAGCGCCAAGCGCCUGGCCGCCCUCCGGAAGCAGCAAGAGUCCGAGCAGAGAGCCGGACGGCGGGCCUCCAGAGCCGAACGGGCCGCCUCGACAGACGACGUCCCCGAGAAUCCCCCAGCAGCAGGAAGACGGGGCGCCAUCAGCGCACCCACCCAGUCCUCCUCGGGCACCAGCCCCAAAACCGCCAAACCACCAUCCCGCAAGCGAGGAUCCUCCCCGGCCGCUGCCCACCACGACGAAGAUGGAACCAGCGGGCCCUCGCGAAAGAGGCGCAAGAUUUCCGGCGCGGAGGCAGACGUCACCGAGAGCACCACGACGACGGUCACAACCCCAAAGGCAAAGGCAAAAGCAAAAGCCAGCACAGCGGCAACGUCGACCACAACCACAACGACCACGGAGUCCUCCCCUUCCAAACGCCGCAGCACCGCCGCCGUCUCUGCAACAGAGACCGCAAAGCCAAGCCCAGACUGCAAGGCCGGGGUCCGCACCAACGGCAACGGCAACGGCUACUACAAAGCCCAAGUCCCCCUCAACUACAAAGCCCAAGUCCCCAUCAACUACAAAGCCCAAGUCCCCGUCAACAAAGUCCCCGUCCGCAGAGCGCCAGUCAGCCAAGAAGCGCAAGGCUCCGGAGCCGGAGCACACGACGCCGCCACCGCCACCGGGCAAGAGGCGCAGGAGUGAUGGGGGUGAUGCUAGUGGGGAUGGCGAGGGUGGGGAGCGUGGUG